CAUUUCUCUCUCUUUUCUUUUAGCUUCUUCCUCUCACGCCACCGUGCGCGCGCGCGUGCCUCCUCCUCGCCGGCGGCGACUUGCGCGGCCGGCCUGCCGGCGUCGACGAGGGUGAGAGGAGGAGGAGGAGGGGUGGGUGGGUGGCGCGAGCGCGAGCGCUGGGGGUGGGGGUGGGCGGGGUGGAUGGCAUGAGCGGACGGCGCCCGCAGCCCGGAUGGUCCCGGCUCGGAGCCUGGCGCACCCGCACCCGCACCUCGUCCGCCGCCGCCGCGACCACGCCGCCGCCGCGCAUGGCGCCACCGCCCGUUGCGACGACGACGACGACGGCGUCGUGACGCCGCGGGGGCCGACGAGAUACAUGGCGCAGGAGCCCAUCAACCACCACCAGCACCAGCACGACCCGCCCAAGCAGCCCCCGCCGCGGGAGGCCGACGACGACCACCACCGGAUUCAGGAGAGGGAGCCGCUGCCGCCGCCGACGACGACGACGCGGAACCAGCGGCUCCAGCUGCAGCUGGGCGGAGACGGACACCACAACCACCACCACCACCACCACCAGGAGGUCGCCGGGACGAGCGGCAGCAGCAGCGGCGGGAGCAGCAGCAACAACGGAGGCGGCGGCACCAGGGACUGGCUCCGCCUCGCCACCGGCCCGGCAUCGCCGGGGGCCUCCGCCGGCUCCGACCACGACCUCUUCCCGUCCACCACCACGACGGCGCCCGCGCCGCAGCCGCCGACGCCGACGCCGACGCCGACGCCGACGCCGACGCCGCGCCACCACCACCACGACGUGCUGGUGCUCCCGGGCAUGCCGCCGCCGGGAUCCUUCCUCCGCCCCGGCCCCGCCAUGCCCGGCAUUCCGCAGGCGUCGAUACCCACGCACAUGCUGCGCGCCGCCCCGCCCUGGCUGCCACCGUGGAGCCCCGUGGCCGCGCCGCCGCCGCUCCUCCCGUUCCCCCACCAACACCGCGCGUUCUACGCCGCGCCGCCGACGACGACGCCGCCCGCCUCCUCGGGCUUCGACGCGAUCAGGGUCGUCCUCCCGCCGUCCGCCGUCGCCGCCGCCGCCGGCGUCUGGUUCGUGCUCCAGGCCGCGCCGCUCCAAGGGAGGGAGCCAUUCUUGCCUCAGAUUCCAAGGAGCUACCUACGGAUCAAGGAUGGGAGGGUGACAGUAAGGUUGCUGACCAAGUACCUGGUUAACAAGCUUGGAUUGGAAGAUGAAUCAGAGGUGGAGAUAACAUGCAGAGGGAGACAGCUCCUCCCGAUCCUGACAUUGCAGCAUGUCCGUGACAGCAUCUGGUGCCGGAGAGACGCCGUGUCGCCGUCGGCCGCGCCGGACAUACCAACCGCUGACCACCACCAGCACAUCAUGGUUUUGCAGUAUGGCAGAAGGCCCUAGUAGACAGCUCCUUCUUCCUAGCUCCCUCUCUGAUCAAUGACCCAACACUCUCACAACAACAAAAAAAAAUGUAGAUUCUACUCCCCCCCCUCUCUUCUAACAACUUUUGCCGGUACCGCGGUGACGAUGGCGGUGGCCGGCAAAAUGUAGGUGGAAUGACGGAUGAGAAAUUUCCCGACCGCCUCGGGGCUUUUCGCGCGUUGCUGCUGAUCCGAUGAUGAUGAACAAUUGAAGAGAAGGUGUGGGAUGGAAUUUUUUUUUUUUGAAAAAAAAAAAGUUCUUCCCCCUGACAACAAUUUGCGCGGUAAAUUCAUCGGCGCACCGGAGGAUGUGUUUUCGUAGUCCACCCCUUUUGUAUACCGGCUUGUUUUCUCUCAGUGAAAAUUGUGGGAGAAAACAGCUUGGAAGUUGCCUGACAGGACUUAGAUCAAAUUUGUGAGGGUGCACUUCCAAGCCAUUUUGGCCCUUCAGUUCAUCUGAUUUACUAAUUUUAAUUUCAGAUUCCGGCUGUUAGUUGACAUUUUAUUGUCUGCUGCUUGCUUCUGUUCUUUGUUGUUGGAAGCAGCCAAUGUUCCCCCCUUACUAAACAUCUUCAGGGAGCAAAUUUGGCCCCCUUUUACUGAGCAUUUUAUUUGUUCAUGACUUAA